AUGGAUUAUGAACAGCUCGGACGCACCAAUUCCGGAACAGAAUGCCCCUUCGAGGGUUCUGUCGUCGCUGGGCUUUCGUGGGCCUUGGAGAUACACUGCAUAGUGUCUGGCAUCCACAAUGACGCUCCAACUGCCCAGCAACCCAACCUCCCCCCAGGGCCAUUAAAGCGUAUGGCCGAAGGGCGUGUUGACGACGGCAAGUUCGACCUCGAGGUGCAAAAUUUGUCUCAAUGCCUUCGCCUCUACGCUCACAACAGGAACGACCGCAGCGUUCACGGAUUUCGCGAUGGCCGUUACCCGAUGUGCCAAAUGGCCAGAGGGAGAACCUUCGAAAGACGUGAAGCACGCCAUGCCACUCGAGCUUGCCAAGCUUGUGGACAAGGGCAGCUACCGCUGCUCCAAUUACCGUUUCUGGUCCGCGCCAAAGCCUUCGGCCCGUCUCGGAGGGCAAGGCGAAAUCUGACGACCCAUGGUUCCGUCUCAUCCGCCCGCAACUCACGGCGACAGGUGAAGCAGGAGUCGAUCGUCACUGAUGUUGUACGCUCACUGCCACAGCCGAUGUAG